AUGCGUAUCAAGUGGGGGUGGCAGUGGGGGGAAAGGGGGGGGGGGGGGGGGGGGGGGGGUGGGGGGGGGGGGGACAUACCGACACACGGUUGGUGUGCACACGCUAGGCCGUGGUCUAGCGGUGCGGAGAGAGUGUGGCUGGAAGAUGUAUCUGAUGAUAUGCUCGUGAGCAGUCAUUUAGAAGACUUAAAAAAUGAGAGACACUUAUUGGAAAAUUUGUAUUGGUAG